AUGAAUGCUGGCACGCCGUUUGCACUCCGUCCGCUCGAGCGCAACCCGCUGAGCGCGUCUGGCAACGCGCUCGAAGGCGCCUUCCGCAUCUACCUCUCGCAGCGAGAGCAGAAGACGCUGGGCCUCACAAAUGGAGACCUGGUCAGGCUGAGAACUUCAACCGGCUUCAAGGGCUACGCUGUGGCCUGGCUGGCGUCUCAAACAAACCCUGGAAACAAGGCCAUAGCAAAAGUCACCGACCUGCUCCGCGAGCAGUACGGACUAACUCUCGAUGACCCGGUUUUCGUCGACAAAGCUAGUGACUCUUGGAAACCUCUCAAAUCCAUCGAGAUCAGUGUACCAGAGCCCGCACAGCAAAAGUUCGCCUCGAGUGAAGAGCUAUUGUAUUGGCUCAAGAGAGAUGGUAUCGGUGGGCUCGAUGGCCACAUUGCAACCAUUGAUAGGAUCCUUGCAUUCCUCACAAGCGCAGCUCUCAACUUGUCCGACCAAUACUUACUUGGGCCUACUGCUCUUUUGCUCCAUGGCCCAGAGGGUACGGGCAAGAGCCUUCUGCUCGAACGGCUCGCAGAGUGUCCGUGGCAACAAGUCAUCAGGGUAAACCUUGAAACACAUCCAAAAGGGCAGGUCAAAGCCAUUAGUGACACUUUCGAGGAUGCUCGUGAUCAUCAACCAUGCUUGAUCUUAAUGGACAACCUGGAUAAAUUCCUUGAGAAAGCAGAUACGCUGGUAACCAAACUGCGAACCGAGCUGGCGAAGCUGGAAGGAACUCAAGUUGUCGUUGCGGCAGCAGCCCGCAGUGUCUAUGACAUUGAUUCCAGCCUUCGAACAACGUCGGCGUUCAAGACAGAGCUCGAGCUUUUCCCCCCCAACGUCAGACAAAGAGAAGACGUACUUCGGCAGAUUCUUGGGCCUGGGCGUAAGACUGGCAAUAUCGAUUUCGCCAGUUUAGCAGCACGUACACAUGGCUUUGUUGGUCGGGACAUCCACAAGCUGUGUGGACUGGCAAGGAACGGGCGAGUACAACGUGCUUACGAUUCCCUGGACGAUGACCAGAAAGGCUUGCUUGGCGAGAUACUGGAAAAGACCGACUUUGUCACGCAGGAAGACUUCGACGCUGUGAUUGAUCAAAUCCAGCCGACUGUCCUCAAGGAGAGCAUUCUGGAAGUGCCGAAGGUUAGGUGGACAGACAUUGCCGGCUUGGACCAUGUUCGCGCUCUACUUGAAGCCAUCACCAUCCGACCCUUCAGAUAUCCGGAUCUCGACGUAAAGUUUGGCGGACCACAGUCGCGAAAAGGCGUACUAUUAUAUGGUCCGCCGGGUUGUGCAAAGACCUUGAUUGCCCAGGCUGUCGCAACCGAAAGCAACCAAAACUUUCUUGCCGUUAAAGGAUCGGAAUUGAUCAAGAUGUACGUAGGCGAGUCGGAACGAGCCAUUCGGGAUAUAUUUCGUCGCGCGCGCGCAGCGAAACCCUGCAUUAUAUUUUUCGACGAGAUUGACUCCAUCGGCAAAUCACGCGAAAAGACACAGGAUAGUGGCUUGAACGUCGUCACAACGCUGCUCAACGAAAUGGACGGUAUAGAAGCCCUCAAGGAUGUCUUCAUUAUUGGGGCAACAAACAGGCCUGAUAUCCUGGAUUCAGCGCUCAUCCGCACGGGAAGAUUCGAUGCGCAUAUUCACAUCGGUCUCCCAACCGAGGAAGCCAGGAUACAAAUCCUCCAGAUUCACACCAGGAAGAGGCCACUAGCCCCUGACGUUGACCUCGGCGUUGUUGCUGCGAGAACGGAGGGCAGCAGUGGGGCUGACAUCAGCGGUCUCUGUGCCGUCGCAGUUGAGCUUGCAAUUUCGGGUUACGAAAAGGCUCCAGAGUGCGAGCCUCUAAUUCGCAUGUGCCAUUUCGAGCAAGCUCUGGAUCAGCAUGUUCCGCAUACCGUCAAAGAAGAGGCUGAGCGGUAUAGGAACUGGCGGCCAGGAAAGUCGUUGACUGUGGGCUAG